CAGACUUCGGCAAACAUCGUCAUCUGCCGUGAACUGAGACUCGGUCAAGGAUGGAGGAAGAGGCACGCAGGCUUCUCGAAGAAGGAAUAAAGAAGAAACUCGUCAGUCCUGGUAAAGGAGAGCUAUCGACCUUCCCCAAUGGAACCAAGUUGGUCUUUCACUAUCGCACCAGCCGGUGUGAUGGCACAGUACUGGAUGACUCCAGAACCAUGGGGGGCUGCAGCAAACCCAUGGAGCUCAUCUUGGGCAAGAAGUUCAAACUAGCUGUGUGGGAGACAGUGAUCGUCACCAUGAGACAAGGCGAAAUUGCAGAAUUUACCUGUGACACUAAGCACACCUCCCUGUACCCACUGGUGUCCCAGUCACUGAGGAACAUCAGUGCUGGUAAAGACCCCCUGGAAGGCCAGAGGCACUGCUGCGGCAUUGCCCAGAUCCAUUCCCACCACUCUCUGGGGCACAAGGACCUGGAUGAGCUCCAGGCUAAUCCACAGCCUCUUGUCUUUACUAUCGAGCUGCUGCAGGUUCUGCCUCCAGGAUCGUUCCAGCUGGAUGUGUGGGCCAUGACAGACGAGGAGAAACUCCAGCUAGUGCCUCAGAUCCAUGAGGAGGGCAACACACUUUUCAAACAGGGCAAAAUUAAGGAGGCCACAGAAAAGUACUACAAUGGCAUUGCCUGCCUCAAAAAUCUACAGAUGAAGGAGCAUCCUGGAGAUGAAGCGUGGGUAAAGCUGGACCAUAUGAUCACACCACUGCUCCUCAACUUCUGCCAGUGCAAGUUACUCCAGGGCCAGUACUACGAAGUCAUCGAACACUGCUCAUCCUUGGUCUUUAAAUACGAGGACAACGUGAAGGCCUUUUACAAGCGAGCUAAGGCCCACGCUGCAGUGUGGAACGAGGCCGAGGCGCGAGCGGACUUUGCUAAGGUGUUGGAGCUGGAGCCGUCCCUGGGACCGUCUGUGGCCAAGGAGCUGCGGGCCAUGGAGGAGAGGAUCCGCUCCAAGGACAAGGAGGAAAAGGGUCGCUACAAAGGCCUAUUCAACUACAACACACCACCAGCCACUGCCACCACAGGUUGAAUCUCUUCAGUGGGUUGGAACAAGAGGAUGCCUGUGAAUUUCAAGAUGGAUGAGAAACAGUAGGACACUGCUGGUGUUUUAGUUUUAUCCAUACACCCAAGCCAAACACUUUCUAUGCCACCCUGUUCUCCAUGGUACAUGCAGAAACAGUCCACACGCAGAUGCACCCACAAUUCACUGAUAUUUACCAAGGUGCAAUUUGCAUCCCUGCCUUAUUCCUGUCAACUCCCUCUCCCUAAAUGUAAAAUUCUUUAAGUCUUUGAUCAGGAUUAUCAACUUGAAUAUAAUGAAAGCCCCAAAUGCCCCAAAUAACUCUCCAUCUGUACCAGACAGCAGCACCGUUAGUUUAGUGUAUAUUCAAUGGAAAGGAACUCUGAAAUCUUGAAUUUCUUACCAAAGGUUUCAGAAAGGUGAACAUUCUUGGUAAAUAACUUCCUCGCAGUAAUAGCCUACUCGAAGCAUGUUACCCUUAGCAACGGCUUUCACAGGAUUCGCUGCCGAGAAUUUUCUUUUAUUUAACGAUGCACUUACCUGCUUGUUUGUGGAAAGUCAUCAUAUUGCAAUUUAUAUAGCACAUCUACACACAUAGACACAAGUAGAUUAAGCAUUUUAUGUUCUCUAGCUUUCUCUGAUAUGUGCACAGCUGUCGGAUAAUCCUAAAAUUACUCAUAAUUGUAGCCCAACAAGGAAAUAUUGCAAUGGAUUCCAGACAGAAAUGCUCUCCCUUUAGAAAACCCAGGAAUGCUUUUUUUUUUUUUUUUUUUGCACAAGAGACAUCAUGCACACCUCUGCCUUGUGCUGCCAGGCCCCAUUUUCUAUCUUGGUCACAGUGGAAGCACUGGAAUUAGCAGGAGACCAUUUUCUGCCGAUGGAUGUGACGGGGAAACCGAGCUGUCUGUGACAAUCUUUAAAUAACACACAUGGACUUGUGUUAUCUUAGCUUUUCCCCUAUGUACUUAUUUCAUAUAUAUGUGAGAAUUCUACCUUUGUUGUUUUUGUCAAGAUGUACUUAGCAUCUCCUUCACUUGCUUAGUAAGAGCUACCCAUUACUCUUCAUGUGAAGCAGUGGAUCGUUAGCCCAACCUGUCUGAAGUAAGAUGUUAUUGAGGCUGUGAUUAUGUAACUGAAAUAAAUGUGUUUAUCCUUG